UUGAACUCAGGACCUCUGGAAGAGCAGUCGGUGCUCUUAACCACUGAGCCAUCUCUCCAGUCUCCUUAUUUUCGUUCAUAGUCCAGUCUGGCCUUGAACUGCAGAGAUCCUCCUUACUCUGCCUCACGAGCGCUGGAACAAAGGUGUAUACUACAACUAGAUGCUUUAUUGCUUUUUAAUAGAGGAAGUGAAAGGGUGACAGUCAUUUGUAACUGCAGCGCCCUGUUGUAGUCCAGUAACAGCUCUGCUCAGUUGGUGAUGAUGCUCAGUUCACUCCCGUCUGGCAGAGAUUGACAAAUGGGGAAUCUUUUGGUUCUGGUGUUCUAUCAUGGCAAUGUCUGUCUCCUUGUUCAGCUUCACCAGAGACACAAAUUAUAGUCUGGAGUGUGUGGGUGCCCAGUACAUGAGCUUGCUCAUAUUUGAUCACGUAUGGAGUAAUGGAAGGGAUCUCAAUGCUCUCUUGACCUUCCUCCCCCGCAUUUUCCAAGUCAUCUAGUCUUACAUCCUCCUGCACACAGUCAAAGUCACAUCAUCAUAGGAGAGAAAGGAGAGAGUGCAGACAGACAGGGAUCGUUGAACCUAAAUUCUUUCUUCUUUCUUUAUUGAGCACAACCACUAACAAAUUGCAACCAACACUCCCUGAACGAUCAACAACCACCAAACCAACCUAUUGGGCCUCUAGUAUUUAUCUAACCUCUGAAAAAAUCCUGGAAUUCCAAAUAUCACAUAACGGCAGAAACUGCUUGCAGCUGGCAAAAUGGUGCCCUGAUAGCGCAUGAGGCAAUCAUAGCUUCAGCAAAGCAGUCUGAAGCAGCUCCAUAUCCCCACUCCUGGGGUUAAAAUGAAAACAUAAGAACAUGCCCAAAGGUCAGAGAAAAGGAGAAAGCCAGACCCCGUUGAAUUGCCUUCCUCUGGGGAUGAGGUUGAACAUACAGAGACUGAGCCAGUAGACAUCGGAUUCUCACUGGAUUUCAAGUUGAGUAGUGACUGCAGAGAAUAUCCUGGAGAUGCAACAGACCCUCACCCAGGAAUCGGCAAGAGGAGGGAAACAGAUAUCGACACAUUGUCUAUGCUAAACCAUGAGCACAGAGCGUUUCAUCCAGCCACUGGCAGCUUGAUAUUUAUGUGCUACCUAUUCCCAGGGAUGUGGAGUCUCCUGCAGUGGCUGGAGUCUCUGAGCGAUCAUACCUCACAACACCAGUGCAGGAUAAAGAUGGCCCUUCUUAUGAGACACCUGUGCCCCACCAGGAAGGUGUUAAGGAAUGAGUUCUUGUAUCUCUUGAAAUGUCUUCCAUAUGCUGCCACUCAUUGGCUCAACUCCCAGCCCUGGUUAGCCUUGCUGUUUGGAUUCUUAUCAAUUAAAUUCCGGUCCCCUUGAAAGGAGAUCAUGAACCAGACUUGGAUGGAAGCAUCAUAUGCCCAAAUGACUACAUACGUGCUGAACAAACAUUUGGAACAGUGCAUGGAUGGAACAAUUGCUCUAUCGAAAGUUGCUUUUGAGAUUCUACCUUUCCUGUCUGUGGAGAAAAUUUUCAAGAAGCACCUUAGUGAAUGGUUUGAAUUCAUAGGUGCUCUCUGGCAAAAUGACUCCAUCAAACUUGUUCCAGGAGCAUUUCUGAACUUUUCGGCAGCAGCACUUUUUGGGAGCAAGCUCCAGAGUGCAAUGAUGAUGGCAUUCAAAGCCUUCUAUCAUUCAACCUAGUUCAACCUGGUUCAACCUUGAUGGAGCCUUAUUACAUAGGGCUAGAGCCAAAUCAUACAAUCAGGAAUAGGUGGAGAAAUGAGUUCUGGGAUCCAGGCUGUUCUCAAGGUUAUUGAUAUCAGAGACUUC